CUCUCUCUCUCUCUCUCUCUCUCUCUCUCUCUCUCUCUCUCUCUCUCUCUCUCUGCCAGGCUGGAGACUCCUCACCGGGAGAGGAUCCGCACCUUCACGCAUCCGCCACUAUGGACGUGUAGAAUAGAUUUACUCAUACAUGACGGACCUCACCAAAACCCGUCUCGCGCGGCUGCUUCCGGUUUAAGACGGGCUGGAAAAAAGGAGCGAAUCAUAAAGGUGAAGCAGGUGACUGGGACACGGAUCCAAAGAUGAGGAAGCAUUUAGACCAGGAGUUCAUCGCUGAAGUGGUCGUCCGCCUGCUUCUGCUGACAGUGUUUUUAGUGACUGAGAAACUGGCUCCGUUUACCCGACAGAUCCAGCCUGAGGAAAUCUGGCUUUACAGGUUUCACCAUGUGAAGAACGACCACAUUCCUACCUCACUCAUGUUCAGCAUCGCGCUUUUUACACCGCUGGUCACCAUUCUGCUUUUUGCAUUACUGAAAAGAACUGAAAGAGGGGAGAUUAAGGAGGCUUCGUUAGCUAUGACGUUGACUCUGCUCCUGAAUGGAGUUUUCACCAAUGCUGUAAAGCUGACUGUGGGAAGGCCGCGUCCCGAUUUCUUCUACCGUUGCUUUCCAGAUGGUCAGAUGAACCCGGAGUUUAAGUGCAGCGGCGACCCUGAAAUGGUCACAGAGGGGAGGAAGAGUUUCCCCAGUGGCCACUCAUCAUUUGCAUUUGCCGGACUGGGCUUUACGGCACUUUUCGUGGCUGGGAAGCUUCGCUGUUUCAAUCCGGCUGGUCGGGGAAAAGCGUGGCGUCUGUGUGCGUUCCUCACACCUCUACUCUGUGCCGUCUUGAUCGCCGUCUCCAGAACAUGUGACUACAAACAUCACUGGCAAGAUGUGUUAGUGGGAUCACUGCUGGGUUUGACGUUCUCGUACCUGUGUUACCGACAGCAUUAUCCAUCACUCACCGAGUCAGAUUCCCAUAAACCCCUGCGGUUCAGAGACACAGUACCCUCAGCACAGGAACGCAAACAAGCCACUGCAGGAUUCCUCUUGCCUCUGUAGGGAUGCCAGUAGCACUUAAACUAAUGCAGAACUGUGUGAUGGACAUGUCCUCAUUCAGAGCCCUUACGUUAUGCUGCCAAUAUGUAUAUAUGUGAGCGUGAGUGCAAGACCUAGGAGUCUCUGUUUCCAUUGGGCCUUCGUAAGAACAUAUUUAAGUAAAAAAAAAAAAGAAAAGAAAGAAAUGCUUUGUUUUUUGUAGAUAUUUGGAUUUGUAUUGGAUCAUGAACAGCCUGGGGUUUCUGCAUCAGGUUACGAAUAUGUUUGAAUAUCAUGUUUGUCCCUAACUCACUGUCUUUAUAAUGGGGUCUAUCAAUAAAAUGUUUGGAAAGUUUGGA